AUGAAUAGAAUAGUAAAUAAAUCAAGAGUUGUUAUACAAAAUUUUGUAUUGAAUAAUGGAAGAUGUAUGUACUCUUCAUCAUCAUCAUCAGCUGGUCAUGAUGAUUUUAUGUUUCCAUCGGUUCGUCGUCUUCUCACUGAAUACAAUUUGAAGUAUUCUCAGGUGAAGCCAACUGGACCACAGGGAAGAGUACUCAAAGGUGAUGUAAUCACAUAUGUACAAUCGAAUAAUCUUAAACCUGCAGAUCUUAAAUCAUUAGAACCAACAACAACUACAACAACAGCAGCAGCAACAGCUACAACAACAACAGAAAAUAAAUCAACUACAACUACAACUACACAAGGAUUCAAUGUUAAACCACCACAAUUUGAAGAUACACCACAUAAUAACAUUAGAAAGGUGAUUGCCACUAAAUUAACUCAAUCGAAACAAUCGGUACCUCACAUGUACAUGACAGUUCAAUGUGAAAUCGACAGUCUACUCUCACUUAGAACUGUUCUUAAUGCCAAUUCGACAUCAAAGAUUUCAGUGAAUGAUUUUGUAAUUAAAGCAUGCGCUUUGGCAUUGAGAGAUGUACCAGCAGCCAAUUGUAGAUGGGACGAGAAAGCUGGAAAGACAAUCAAUAAUCCAACUGUAGAUAUAUCAGUGGCAGUAGCAACGGAUCGUGGUUUGAUUACACCGAUCGUUGGAAAGACCGACACCAAGUCACUCGGCAACAUUGCCACCGAACUCAAAGACUUGGCCGGUCGUGCCAGAAUCGGCAAGUUGAAGCCAGAGGAAUUCCAAGGUGGAACGUUCUCAGUAUCGAAUCUCGGAAUGUAUGGAAUAACACAUUUCAAUGCGAUUAUCAAUUACCCACAAGCCGGUAUCUUGGCAAUCGGUGGUGGUCGUAAAGUUAUCAAGAAUCGUGCUUACACACUAGAUGAGCUAGAUUCACUCGACACUACUACCGCAGCAGCAGCAGGUCCAUCCGUAUCGAACGUCAUUGAUGUAACACUGUCCGGUGACAACAGAGUGUUUGACGAUGAAAUAGCUGCUACUUUCCUCGACACCUUUAAGAAAUAUAUAUCAAAUCCACAAUUAAUGAUGUUAUAA